AUGUCCACCGCUCCAGUUGAACGAGCCCCAGCGCCUGCUCCCGCUCCUCAAGCCAAUGGCGACGUCGCUGCUUCCCCUGUAAGUUCAAUUGUUUACAGUGAUCCAUGAAAGCAAAGUUUUGUGAAACUAUGUAUAAUAAUUGAAUAGAAAAAAGGAAUUUUUUGAUAGAAGUGCAUGUUAAGGAAUUAGCAAUUUAAAGGGGUCUUACAAGGGUUUUUUAUGACCAAUUCUCUUCUAUAAUAUUAUAAAACAGCUGGCUAUGGGCAUAUCACUUUUUUAUAUCGCGUUACACGGCCUUCAUUGUCGCAUUUAAAAAAAUGCUUAACACGAUUGCCGAACCAAGAAAUUUUGUUCAUAAAAUUUUCGCACUCCUUUCCAUUAUGCUUUUUGAAAAAAGGUUGAGUUAAACCAACUUUUAUCAAGCAAAUUACCCUCCAAAGAUGCCGGAUAAUCCCACAAACUCCUUUUCAUUAGACCAUCAAAGUUUUUAGUCUAGUCCUGAAAUUUUCCGCUCACUUAGCGCCCCGGAACAAAACGGCCGAUAAUCGGAGCCGAAAAGAGAGCGCAGCGGGAUAUUUGACCCGCCCUCCGGCUGCGCUAAGUUGGUUAUAGGCGUUUUGUGGCCCAAAACUUUCGCGGGGUGCUUCUUGAUUUUGUCUUGGGCGCUUUUCCAUGGCCAUGGAUUACGGAGAUAAGUUUUUGGGAGCGAGCAAGGUAAGACGGGGGCUAGGUGAUGAAGUUAGGAAUUCAGUAAGGUUUUAGCCGUUCAAUUUUUUUAUUUUACCGUGUCAAUAUGUAUUAGGGCACAACGUUUCAAAAAUUGUUUUGAUCUCUGUCAAAAAAAAAAAAAAAUAAAAAGCAAUGCUUACAAUUCGUUUUGUACAUAUUUGGCUUGCCACGACCGUUAUUACUAAACUGAAAAGUUUUCGUUAGACUGGGAUACAUUGCAUACGAAAAUCGGCAUUUUUGAAAUGUGCAAGAUUAAUACUCCUCCAAAUCAAUCUUUUCCGCUCUUUCAAAAUAUUGGAGAUGUAAAAUAAAGCUUUUUUGUGGCCCUCCGGGGGUUUGCAAUCUUGUUUUUGGAAACAACCCAAGAAAUUCCGCGAAAAUACAUAAAAAUUGCAUUAUUUUAGAUUGGAUACAUUGGAAAAGCAAUGUUUCAAACACUGGCAACAAUAAAAAAGCGGAAGUUUUGUAAAAUACGUUGCGUCCUGAGGAUUUCUAAAGAUUUUGAAAAAUUCCAAAAAUUUUUUAAUUUUCUUUUUCGACCCGGAUUACGUCCAAAGUCCUUUCUAAUCCAUUCUAAGGCUUUUAAAAAAUCCCGCGCGCUUAAUUAAGCCGCUUAAAAGGACUGAGUCAGCAUUUCCUUGAGCAUUGUCUUAGCGAGGAAAUUAGAAGACUCACUUUGGACCAUAGAUUUGUCCAGCUGCUUAAAAUUUAGAGCUUUUUAAGGAAAAUUAUCCGAUUGAGCGAUCCAAUGCAAGGAAAGUAACUUGAAGUUUUGUUUGAAAAUGAUUUCUGAUCUCUAGAACAAAAAACACCAAGAAAAUGUCAAAAAUCUUUAAAAAUUAGUAAUAAUUAACAUACUAAUACAAAAAUUUUAGAUUUUUGAAUAUUAAGCCUAAAAUCCGAUUUCAGCGCCGCUGUGCUCCCAAAGUGAACACUCAGGAGCGACUUUUUGGCGGCGGCAACAUUACUCCAAAGAACCAGAAAAAAGUCAGCGACACUUUCAAGUCGACCAUCUUUACUGACUCGGCCCCAACAUCGCCUGCUCGUACUCCCAAAAAACAAGUGCCUGUGCUGAGUAAGUGUUUUGAAUUUUCUUGUUUUUUAAGCAAUUUUAUGUAGUAUAAUAUUAAACCAAACGAGGAUAAGAGGUUCUUUAUUCAAGAUUAGAAUUUCCGAGACAAGUUUUAGCGUUGAAAAAAUACCCAAAUUUGAUCCAAAUAUUCAUAAGGCGCAUGCCAUAUUUUUGGUUCACACUCUGGACAAAUAUGGCCAAAAAAUUAUGAUUUUUUAGGAAGGAAAUAUUUGAAAGUCACUGUUUUUUCAAGAAAAAAUCACAUUUGUUAAAAUGUCUGUGUUAAUGUUUCAGCCCGCAACCCAAUCACCGGCGAAGUCAAGGUCCCUGCCAAGGUAUCCAUGUAAUAAACAAUGCUCUACUUCCAUCCGUCCAGCAUUUACUUGAGAAACAAAUUUACACUGGUAUAAUAACAACAUGACAUUCAUCGGAACAUCUUAUACGAGAAUUCCUGUCAUUCCUAUAAGUAUUCGAAUCCAAGUGCUUCUAAUAAAUCUUUUUGUAGUAUGACAUAAGAUGUGAUAGUUUUCACCAUGCUAUUACCAUCGUUUGUUACAUCAACAAACCUCAUUCCCUUUUCGAUUAAGCCCUGAGGGAGAUUAAACGAACGAGCGGUGUUAUAGCAACAUAACCUUGAAGGAGCAGGAAAACUGGCUUCGCCCCUGGAAUUAUUUCCCUCCAAGACGAUCCCUGAGUCGGUCCGUGAAAACGUGUUUGUGGAGAUCGCCAGCGAGGAGGGGGGAUCAAACGAAAAUUGGUGCGAAAAGCCAAUUUCCUCGAAUAGAAUCGAAAACACACGACGGCGCCCAUUUAUUACUCAAUCCGCGGGCGCUGAACGGCGAGCUGAAGCGCCGAGCGUUCAGCUUCUAUCUGAAUUUGCUUGUUGCAGAUGUGUUUUGCAAUAUAGACAAGCGUGAGAUUUUUUUUUGCCCUGCGGCUUCGUUGGAACUCUGUGAAAUCGAUCUGUGUUUCAAAAGAUUGCCAAGCUCCGUUCUUUUUCAAAUUUUGUCAUCAUUUUAUGCUGUUGAUAAAUUUAAACCCUGGAAAAAUUUAACUCGUGGGUUGCAAGUUUCACAGGGUGACGCCAUUUUUGACGUUACUUAAUUUUUGAAGCGAAGCAUCGCCCUUUGCCAAAAUCCUUGCCAAAGCCCUCUCCGUCGGCUACUUUUCCCUCUGUAAAUAUAAUACCAUUUAUCACUCGAUUUCUCUAGUUUUAUAUUUCCGCGGAUCCUCGAUCUAUUUACCUCAAAACCUGUUUAUCCCCAAUCUCCUCGAUGAAUUCUUCCUUCAUUUUCGAAAAGGUUAUUCUUUGCCUCAUUUUUCUCUUAAAAUAGCUCGUAUUUUAUUGUUUAUCUUUCCUCCAAAAAAUCGAAUUUUUCAGAGUCAUGAGGUCAGUGGUUUGCUCAUUACUUGUUGCGGUGGUGGUUGUUAGCGCUCAAUUGCCUCCGAUCGAAAACGGUAAUUAUUUUUUGAACCAUUUUUUGGGAUGACUUAUGUGAUGAUGUAAUUGAGUUGCGGUCACGGUGGUUUAGACGUGAUCUAACGGCUCUUAGCGGUUUUUUAGAACUUUAUAAACUUUAAAAAAAGUUUUAGCCCUUCGAUUCAUAAUGAUCUUGUUAGAAAUAGGAUUUUUUGAAGCCGAAAAAGCAUUAAUCUUGUCUUUAAAUUUGAUGAGGCCUUUCUAAUUUUCUUGAAAAGCUUUUUCUACAUUCCCCAACAUCCCUCAUUUCAGCGAUAGACUUCGACGAUUUGGACAAGAACAAGGACAAUCAGAUCUCCUUCGCCGAGUUCCAAAAAUGGUAUUCGGCAAACAAGGACGCCAAAUCCGAGCCCGAACUCCGUCGUCUGUUCCAAAACUACGACACAGAUAACGACUCUCAGCUUCACAUUCAAGAAUUUGUCCCCUUGGCCUAUCAACUGAGCAGGACGCCCAAAAAAGAGGUCGACAAUUUGUUCGCCCACCUCGACUCGGAUAAAAAUGGGAUUUUGACGAGGACUGAGCUCCAAAAUUCAAAGGAAAAUUUGGGUCCCGAGAUCAUCGAAGGCCUCUUUUUGGUGGCCGAUUCGAAUGGCGACGGGCAAAUUACUCAUCAAGAGUUUGGAGCCAUCCAAGGAGCGUUCGGACAAACUCCAUCGAGCAGGGUAAGGUAAUAAGGGGAACAAAGCUGAAAAAUGACUCAAAAGAAAUUGAAAAAACGAUUGAAAAUUCCUUACUAGCUUUGUCAAAAAAAUAAUUUUUCAAUUUCAAAUGUCUUCCACUUUCUCACAGACAUAUUACGCAUGUAUUUUAUGUAUAAUUGUAAAAUAUCUGCAAAUUAAAUAUUUGCUUCCAGAAAUCCGAAAAUGUUGGGAUAGCGCGCGCUUUGAUCGACAACAUGGACCAGAACAAGGACAAAAAAUUGAGCCAAGCGGAAGUUCAUGCAUUUGUCAGCAAAUUCAACAAGGUAAUUGAAAAAAGGAAUAUUUUUUACUAUCCUCCAUGAAUUUACUAACCAAACCCAAUCUUCAGGUCAGUCCAAAAACCGUGACCGCUGCCUUUGGCAAGCUUGACUCCAACAAGGACGGCCAAUUGACCCUCGCCGAACUGGAAGUUUUGCCUCAAACAAUCACGGAUUUGGCCGGAUUCCAACAGCCCAAGAGUUGGUAAACGUGGUAAUAAGAGCUAGAAUGACAAUCAAAUGGAUUAUGGCUCAUUUGAAAAGCUAAAAAUUGUAUUAUUUACGUGUAAAAUAAAAAUUAUUUUUCCUUUUGGUUUCGAGAUCGAAAAACAAUAAUCGACCAAAGCCUUAUGCUUUCGACCACCUCUAAAUUCUUGAUCUGGCCGUUUCUUACGGCCUUUUCAAUUUUUGUUUUAUUGUAACUCAAAUCAGCCCAUUUAUGAACACGCCUAAACACAUCAUUACAUACAUAUUUGCUUUGUAAUGAGGUAGACGAAAUUUUCAAUUGUUACAGAGAGUCUUCAAUUCACAGAUAUUCUUUUCUUUUUCCCAAAAUAAUGAUGAAAAAUCUCGUUGCGCUGCUGUAUUUUUCUGCGCUGAUCAUUAGCUAUAAUGCGGUUCUUGGAGCGGAGGAUUAUGUGCCCCUGAAGAUCACCAAGGAAAUGGAGGCAAGAGAAAAGAAGGAGAAUCAAAAUUUUUAGGAAUUGGCCAAAUUUGGCGCCAGAAUUUAUGGCCACAAGCAGUUCCACACCGACACGGUCUAUGUGGUGAGCAUGGCGUAUGCGUUACAGCAAACAGAGGACCCACUGGUUUACCGUGUCGGGGCCCGAAUCUCGAUUGGCGGGCAGCCGGAUCAGCCGUGUAUGGAGUUCAAGGUUAGGAAGCACGACCAAGAUGGGCUUCCGCAAUAUCGUGGCCACAAAUCUUGUGUUCUUCCUCCGGAUCAUAGCAAUUAA